UGAGAAGACUUCCAUGGUUGACUCUGGAUGGGAGCCCCUGCCUGAGUCACUGUCCUUCCAGGUACAGUGUCUCUCCACUCCCACCUCAGCUGUCACUUCUGGGAGCCUCUUUUUCCCUGAAUGUGCUCUUAUCUUUUGCAGGGCUGAGGCUACUCUUUGUGCCAGUAGGCAGUCUGUACUUGUUCCUUUCAGGCCUUUGGCAAGUAAAAGCAGACAUUCUAAAAGAGCAGCAAUUAUCCCUCCUGGUUCCUUUGUUGGGAGCUCUGUAAAUAAUUUAUUUGGAUUUGAGGGUCUAGAGAGAGGGAAACACAUACCGAACCUCUUGGCAACCAGGUGAAUUCAUUCUGGAACUUAAAGGCAAGCAGAAAACAAGUGAGACAGAAACGUGUCUCUUUGAAAUCAGAGAAGACAGCUGGACCUCAGAGCCCGGGCGGGAGGCUGGAGUUGGCCAGGCUGCAGCAGAGGAAGUUUUCUCGUGGCAUUUAAAGGUCACCCAAGGGGUUUCCACAACUCUAUCGUGAGCCCCCAUAGCAAGGAUUUUUGGAUCUGUGAAGUUGGAAAACACAGGCCUGCACUGGAGCUGGUCCCAAACCCCUCCUGCUGCACUCAAUACCUGCAUCAAACAAAGAAAAUUGUGUUUGCCAGGCAGGCUCGCUGAAGUCACAAGAUUCCCAGUAUCACGCAGUGCUCCGGAAUGCCUGUGAAACCUCCCGAGGAGGGGAAGAUCGUCAACCCCACCUUUCAGAUAACUGCCUUUAGUAGCAGCCUGAAAAACCAUGUGAUGGUCAUGGACUUGGUGAAGAGAGACUGGCUUCCUUCCCAGAGACGAGCCCAAGUUUGUUUCAUCCACAUGUGUCCCCGCCUGAAGGUGGCUGAGCAGCAAGGCAGCAGAGACGAGGAGACAUUGGCAUCACAAAACACAAAAAUGAUAUCACCUAUCAUCCUUUCCCAGCUGAUUGAUGAGAAGAAAUCAACAGAAAAUGGAGCCCUGUUGCCUCUGCCACAAGCAAUCACUCAGCCUCAGCUGUGUCACACAAAGCCAACUUUGGCCAGGCACACUGGAGUGAACAUGCACAGGCCAUUUGCUCCAGACAGAUUGGGAAUUCUGACUCCAUCAGAGGAGCAAGAAAUGGAGAGAGAACCACUGUCUACAGGGGACAACCUAGGCAGAGGCUCCCACAGAGGUUUCUCAUCUAUCACCAUUACUGCCCGACGGGUGGGCCUUCCAUCUAACUCCUUGGUAUGGGACACUGUUAGGGAACCACUGUGUCCCAACUGUAGGGUCAAGGAUGCCCUUCUCCAAGGCCCCCCAGCUCUGGCGGGGGGUGACCAUCUAUGUCAGCACAAUGAAUCCUUCAUCUGUACAGAGUUCCCUAGCAAUGGCUCCAUAGAGGGGCUGAAGGUUCCCCAGGCUCACACAAGGCUGUGUGCAAGGCAGGAGUACUGGGUCACCCACAUGGAUGACAAAGGGGACAGUUGUUCUUCAGACAGAUCACCAUCAAGAAAAGUCCCACUGGUGUUCAGUUCCUGUGUCCACUUCCGGGUGUCUCAGCAGUGUCCCAAUGCCAUUUAUUAUUUGGAUAAGUCUCUUUCUGUCCCCCUCGAGCAACCUCAAAUUGCUAGCCCCAAAAUGCACAGGUCUGUCCUGUCUCUCAGCCUCCGCUGUAGUUCCCACAGGUUAACAGCAGAUGGCGUAGACAGCACAGCUAAUGGCGAGCCAAUCAGCAGAGCCCUGCCACAGGAGCACUUGGAGAGAAAGCAGGACCUAAGUCCACAAUGGGGCCAGCUACAGGAAGGUCACUGGAAGGAGAGACCAGCAUUGGUGCCAGUGCAUUUGGGGAGUGGUGCAUGCCCUCGAACUGGCUCCCCUCCCCAGGAAAAUGUCAAAUUUGCAGAUGUGGGAAGGAACCAAGUCCCUGUAAGAAAGGAGGACGAAGACUGUGCAACGUGUCCCACUAGCAGCCAUGCCAACCAACUCUCCAUCCAUAUUCCUGGAUGGAGUUACAGGGCAGAAACAAAAGUACUUUCUGGAAACAGCAAGGAGCAGCAAGGAGAAGCACAAGUGACUCUUCCUUCUUCCCCAGCGGGACAGAAGCCCAUUAAACACUUCCCUCCUGUCAGGGACAGUCCACCAAGCCACGAUGGUCAGUGUAGCAUCUUUCCUGAGCCCCAAGAGAGACGGCACCUGCACCCAUACUUCCUGACACACAGAGUCCUCUUGCCUGGCUUUCUUUGCCCUUUACAAGCUGCAUGUGCCUCUCUGCAGGAAGAUGAUACUGUUCAUAUAGAAAAGGAGUCCCCGAAAGAUUACACAUGCUGCGACUUGGUUGUAAAACUAAAGGAGUGGGAGAAGCGCAAGGACCUGAUCGCCACACCUGUGCCCUCAUCAGCAAUGCCCUCUCCAGCAACCGCAGAGGGACCACAGAGCCCUGACCCAUCGGAAGGUAGCUCUGAGCCUCCGCAUCUGCUGGCAAGCUCUAUGACCUUGCAGGAAGCACUGGAAGUCCGUAGACCGCAGUUCAUUUCUCGCUCACAAGAACGUCUGCAAAAGCUUAAGCACAUGGUACAGCAAAGGAAAGCCCAGCAAAAGGAAAAUCUGGGGCAGAAGCAGAGCCUACUUCCUGUCCGCGCCCACAAGAAGCAGUUCACCAUUCCCCACCCUCUUAGUGAUAACUUGUUCAAACCCAAAGAAAGGUGCAUUUCAGAGAAGGAGAUGCAUAUGAGAUCUAAAAGAAUCUACAAUAACUUGCCAGAAGUUAAAAAGAAAAAAGAAGAGCAAAGGAAAAGAGUCAUCUUACAGAGUAACAGACUCCGAGCAGAAGUCUUUAAAAAGCAAUUACUGGACCAGCUCCUUCAGAGGAAUGCAGUAUGAUCCCAGGUGGCCCUGCUAACCCCAGCCUGGAUCUGGGAAGACUUCCGACGAUGGAUGGACCAUUAAACUUAACACUAUCCUCACACAUGAAAAAUAAUUUACUUUACUUUUGAUUUUUUUUCUCACUUUCUGAAUGACCCAAACAAACAAAAGCAACAGUCCUGGAGUCAAUAGGUCAGCAGUCCAUUGCUGGGACUUCUAUCCCUCCGAACCUAUUAGGCUUAGCCCCUUUUAUUAUGUUGUUUUGUUUUGGUUUUGGCUUGCGAAUUUUACCCAUUGCAUCUGAAGUUUUAUUUCUACCCAAGAAGGAAAGCUUUAUAUAUUCAAGUAUGCUUAGAUUGUUUUUGGAGGGGGGGAGAAUUUUUGGUAAAAAUUUUGAGAAGCAAAGAUCUAUCAUAGCCUAUUUUAAUUCCCAAUUCCAAUGGCUGCCAGUUCUGAAAUCCAGAGUAUGGAUCAAAGUCUGUUUAGCACACCCAUCUGAAGUGCCAGAGGCUGACUUUAAAAGGGACAGGUGAAGAGGCUGAGUGCAGGCAAGCCAGAAAGCCCUCUGCCUCUCUUCUUCCACCCCACCCCACAGUCCCCUCCAAGGGAGCCUGAGAUGACUGGGUGAGGACAUCAUUGUUUUUAUAGCACACACGCGCAUACACAUGCGCAAACACACACACACACCAGAUGUUAUCUUGAUCAAAUGGCCUCUAGAUCUCCAUUCUUAUUUUUUUCAAGUAUUCUUCAUAAAUAUAUAUUUGUGGAGUUAUGAUCAAAUUAGUUUUUACAACAAAAAUGGAAAUAAAUACAGUUAUUUGAAAUUCAA